GCCACUAGUCUCAAUGUUGGACGUGAUAUGACAGCGUCCGUGAUACUUCAUCCCCGCUGGAUCGACACAGUAAUGUUCGUCUACGACAACAGUUUGGAUGAAAUUAAUAAAAACAUGGAUGGAUUUUCGGGAGGGAACUUCACAGCAAAUCAAUGCAGGAAUUUGAUGACCCAUCCAGCAUCCCUAGCUCCCAGCUCUGCCUACUCGUCGAGUGAAGUGCCAGCCUCUGGCAUCGCUGAACCUGUCAAACAGUGCAGUCCUUGUCCUGCUCAAACUUCGUCCAGUGCCGCCCUUCCUUAUGGAUACUUUGGGAGCAGUUACUAUCCCUGCCGCAUGAGCCACCAUAGCAGUAUCAAGUCCUGUGCUCAGCCCUCUACCUUGUCUGGCUAUCCUGCCGACAAGUACAUGGACACGUCUGCCGGCGAGGAAUUCACCUCCAGAGCUAAGGAGUUCGCUUUCUAUCAAGGUUACGCGGGGCCGUACCAACCGAUGCCCAGUUAUUUGGACGUACCUGUGGUUCCUACCAUCAGCACUGCCGGGGAACCGAGACAUGAAACAUUAUUAUCCAUGGAGAGCUACCAGCCCUGGGCAAUUACCAAUGGGUGGAACGGGCAAGUCUGCUGCUCGAAAGAGCAACCUCAAGCUACCCACCUCUGGAAAUCAAGCUUGCCAGACGUCGUUUCGCAUCCCUCGGAUGCGAGCUCUUUUCGGCGUGGGAGGAAGAAAAGAGUGCCUUACACCAAAGUGCAGUUGAAAGAACUUGAGCGGGAAUAUGCCACCAAUAAAUUCAUCACCAAGGACAAACGAAGGAGGAUAUCUGCAUCUACAAACCUCUCUGAGAGACAAGUCACUAUUUGGUUUCAAAACAGACGAGUCAAAGAAAAGAAAGUUCUCACUAAACUGAAAAGUAACAGCUAGUGUGACAAUUCCAGAGCCAAUCGGACUUCAUUUGAACAUUUUACAAAUUACUGAUCUCAGCCUGAAGAGAAAAAACAAAACCCAACACGGCUCAUUUUCUUGAUGCUAGAUUUUUUUUUUCUUUCUGCGUGCUCCUUGCUUUUUCUUGACAAAAAAAAAGCAAAAACACACAGCAAAUAUCUCGGAGAGACAUUGUAUAAUGAUGUUGUGAAAGCAAGCUAAUGUUCGCCAUAAGGGAAUCAUGCCCAUCUUAGCAAGAAUCUAAAAGGGUUAUUAUUUUGAAAUGUAGCAAACCUGCUGGCUUAGUUACUUACUGCAUAUAAACCCGACCAUUUCAAAACAAUAAUUGUACCAAUUGGAUUGAUAUAGUACCUCCACACAAACCUCACCAAAGCACCUAAAGAAAAUGUGUUUUGCUGGAAAAGGUUCUGGUCAACAAAAUGCUAGAGUGCAUGAGAGUUUUUCCUCAGGUAACCUAUGGGAUAUAUCGCGAAAUAUGAAAUAAAAUGUAUGUUUACACACUACAUUUUCUUUGGAUGGGUUGCGCUAUCUUUAAAGUUUUAAUGUACAGGUAGAAGGAAGAAUAUAUUCUAAAUAGCAAUGUAUAUGGGAAAGAAAAUACGUACUAUUGAAGCACUCUACAUUUCGACCUAUGUAUAUAUUAUGAGCAUCCACGCUUUCGGGAAUUAAAUAGCAGACCAGAUUGCCAUUUCCUACAGAGCAGAAGAAAGAUCUGUCUGCAAACAUGGAACCACCCCUCCCGUGUAAAUUAACUAAAUAUUAAGUCUUUUCUGCCUGCUUGUUACGUUACCCACUUCACAUAGCAUUAGGCUUCACGCAGACCUAAGGCGCACAGCUUCCUUCUUAAAAAUGAUGACAUCUGCGUGCAACUGUAUUUUUUUUUAAAUACUGCAAUGUUAUAUCUGCAUGCACCCUCCUGCUUAGUUAAUAUAUACCAAUAAUAGUAAAAAUAAUUACGAAUGAUAAUCACAAAAUUAAGAUGUCUCGCAUUAUUCUGCAGCUGUUUAAUUUGUAUACCCUGUUGUCUUUUUCAUCUAGUAAAUUACUUGCAUUACAAGAAAUUAUUUCACGAAUAAAAUAUCUUCA